ACCCCUGCUAAGCACGAUGUGUGGACUGUGUGGGCGGGAAGACGGACGGGACGGGAUGGGACAGGACACGGGGCGGCAGGCGGGCGAGCAGGCGGUUGGCGGCCGCCUCGGCCCCGCCCGCCUCACCUGAGGCAGGUGCGCGGCUCGGCGGGGCCGCCCGGGCCCGGCCCAGUGCGGCGGCGGCGAGGAGAAGGGAAGCGAGGCGAGGCGAGGCGAGGCAGCCCUAGCCCGGGCAGGAUGAAUAACCCUAUACCUUCCAACCUGAAGUCAGAAGCUAAAAAGGCAGCUAAAAUAUUACGAGAAUUUACAGAAAUAACUUCCAGAAAUGGACCCGAUAAAAUCAUACCUCCUCAUGUAAUAGCUAAAGCCAAAGGCCUUGCAGUUUUGUCCGUUAUCAAGGCGGGAUUUUUGGUGACUGCUCGAGGCGGAAGUGGAAUUGUAUUAGCUCGUCUUCCUAAUGGAACCUGGUCUGCUCCUUCUGCAAUAGGAAUUGCUGGCGUUGGUGGUGGAUUUGAAAUUGGAAUUGAGGUUUCAGACUUAGUGAUAAUAUUGAAUCAUGAAAGAGCAGUAGAGGCUUUCGCCAAAGGAGGGAAUCUUACACUUGGAGGAAAUCUUACUGUGGCAAUUGGACCUCUGGGGAGGAACUUAGAAGGGGAUGUUGCCCUGAGAAGCUCUGCUGCUGUCUAUACAUACUGCAAAUCUCGAGGACUGUUUGCAGGUGUAUCUCUGGAAGGAACCUGUUUAAUUGAAAGGAAAGAAACAAAUCGCAAGUUUUAUGGGCAGGAUAUUCGUGCUAGUGCCAUCUUGCUUGGUGAUGUGCCUUUUCCUGCUCAAGCAGAUGAUCUUUAUGAAACUCUAGCAUCCUUCACUGAAGUAUAUGAAAACGAAGAGCAAAAAAAUAACCCAGGAAAAGCUGUAAGGGAACAAAGAUGGGUAAAUGACCCACCUGCUAGACCAUCAGCAAGACCAGAGCCACCUAAACCCACUGUUAGACCAACACCACCAGCUAAAAAGAAUACAAACAAACUUUAUCCUGAACUUCCAAAUGAUUAUGCCUCUGUGGGAAACUCUUGGAGUAGUCCAGUAGAAGUGACAGCACUUUACUCAUUCGAAGGACAACAGCCAGGUGACUUGACUUUCAAAGCUGGAGACAAAAUCACAGUCACAACCAAAACAGAUUCCCAGUUUGAUUGGUGGGAAGGAAGCAUAGGAGGACAAACUGGCAUCUUUCCAGCCAAUUAUGUUGCCAUAAAUAACAAUUGAAUUUGUAUAGAAGAAAAUGUUGAAGCAGUAAUAUAUUUACAUUGAAAAAUAUAUUUUAACUUUUCAGAUUUUAUUAAAAUGAGAUUCUAACACAGAACUGAAAUGCAUUAAAUGACCUUAACUUUCCCCUAAACUUAUUUCUUAUUUCUUAAAUAAACACUAGCUGAUGGUCUAUUUAUGAUGAAAUUUUAUUUUUGAGCAAGUCGCUGUAUAAAAAGUACUCCAAUUUGUGUCUAGUUUCAAUUCUGUCUUGCUAUAUGGAUUUAUUUUUUACAUGACAGAAAAAUGACAAACAAUUUAAAACUAGACAUGCUGAUAAAAUACUGAUUUCUAUUAAAUUAUAAUUUACGGACUCUUUCUAUAAUAAAUGC